GCGAAGGCAGAGCGGAUAAACAAGACCGCCGCGACCCCGCAUUAGUUCAGCUGUUGCUCCCUCUGCUCGGUCUGGGACGGGACGGCGGGUCGUCCGGCUCGCGAAAGGAAAAUGUUCUAGAAGCGAAGUGCGUCGGAUACAUUGUUUCGUUUUGGGGAUACGGUGUGUGUGCCACCUUUAUGUUUGUUCCUCCCGCGGGUUUGAUGGAUGCCGAGACCGCCGCGCCCGCCUCCUCCAUGGUGGCAGGUCCCUCCCCGCAGUGGCGGGUGGCUGAGCGGAGGAACAGGAAGGUUGGCUCAGGAAACAUCUUUUGUGGGGUAAAUCUGUGGCAGCUGCAGAGACUUUUCAGGGCGGCGGGGGACCAAGAUGCGGAGCAGAGGGCCCAGCUGGUAUGGGGCCGUGGGGAUGAGGCUGAACUAGCCCAGGCCCUGAUAGGGCUGAGGGCCCGGAGCCGGCGCAGAGGGCUGAGGACUGAAGGGAGAGAUGCGCUGGGAUCCCGCUGGCUCAGGGCCUUUAAUCACCUCAGGAUUGGCGAGGGUUCGCCGAGUUGCCAGGGGCAGGAUCCCGUGGAGGGGGCUGAUUCGGAGGCCACAGCAAACGGCAGUCCGGAGCUAAACCCGCCGACCCCGGCGGGGUCGGCGGGAGGAGGUGCGGGGGCAGCGGCGGCACUGGGGAAGAACCAGGCGAGCGCGGUGACGCCCGAGAGACCAGCCAGGACAGGCCCUGGGCUGAGGAGGGGAGGAAAGAAUGACCCGGACAGAUACCUCCACCGCAUCCUCCACUGACUUCAGACCGAGACUGUCUGCUAGUGAGCAGACUCCACACAGCCUGUGUGUUGUCCAGUCGCAACACUAUACAGUGCUGAAAUGCUAGUGCGACGCUGUUGUUUGACGCCGGUGGACCAAAUUGAACUAAAACGACACGAGUUGGGCUCGGCCUUUGCAGGGGAGGGAACCGCAGACACCGAUAAGCUAGACCAGUACAACAGAGCGACGAGUCAAAAGCACAAUGCGGCGUUGUGACGGACGGCGAUCCGCCGCUGAACACGUCUGGCCCUUUCACGGCGUGGCUUAAACGGCAAGUGUCGCUUAUUUGUGGGUCAGUUUCCAGCACGGCGAUGACGUCGGCAGUGUGGAUGUGUCGGCGUCCUCACGUUUCCCCGAGUUGUAAAUGUUCCGACCGUCUCGCUCCACCUGUGACGUAAGGAAAUGUAAAACUGUUGCUUUUAUUUUCACGGGUGAUUGCGAGUCACUCGACAAGCCGGGAGACUCGGACAGCUACGCGUCUCGACCUCUUGACCGACGCCUCGCCUGACUCGAGCGACGGUUCAGAGGAUGAGCUAGCAAGGCGGUGAGUCCCAGCAGUUCAGAUUUAACAUUACACGAACGCAUCAGCAACCCCGGCGGCGAGUCUGUGAUUUAUGUGGACGUAUAAGUGCAGUAGAGGUCGUCCGCUGUGCCGGAAGCCCGGGAACGCUGAAUAAUAACAGGGAAUCCCAAGGUAAACGAUGUUGCCCCUGAAACCUGGUCGUUGGUUAAAUGAAAACAACACGUGUGUGACGUUUGCACCAGUUUAUUGUAACCAUGCUGUAGUAAUGUAAAGUAGAAGCUGUUGUAUGGUGUACUUCUACAACACUAAAACAUGUUAAAUUACUUGAAUCCUUACUACGAACGAGGCUUUACAUGAUUCAUGACGUGUAAUUGUGUAGAUUUUAAUAAAGAAAUCUUUGGGUAA